AGGACUGCCACUCAGUCAGAAGUUCGCAGUGAAGUUCACGGCUCCGGUUCCCGGUUGUCUCCACCAGAGGGGGCACAGCCCGGGGCAGGCUCAAUCCAAACCAGCCACUCCGCUCCUCUCCUCGUACCAUGAGCUGAAUCUGUCCGGACAGACCAGGGAAGAUGGCGGCCACUGACCAUUCCCGGUCCGAAGCUGCCAAACAGCGACGGCAGGAUCAGCUGCAGCGAUGGCUGGGCUCGGAGACAGAUCGGACGGGAUCCGAGGCCCGGGAAACUUCGAGCGGUUCCGGGACGCGGCGGGCGAAAGUCCGGUUCGCCCAAGGAGCCGUGUUUAUGGCCGCCUGCUCCGCCGGGGACCGGGAGGAGGUGGCAGCGCUGCUCCGGCAGGGAGCAGACAUCAACCACGCCAACAUAGACGGACUGACAGCGCUUCAUCAGGCCUGCAUUGAUGAAAAUGCUGAGAUGGUGCAGUUUCUGGUGGAGAGUGGGAGUGACGUCAACAGAGGGGACAACGAGGGCUGGACUCCUCUGCACGCUGCAGCCUCCUGCGGCUUCAUCCAGAUUGCUAAAUACCUGAUAGAGCAUGGUGCUCACGUUGGAGCAGUGAACAGUGAAGGAGAGCUUCCUCUGGACGUAGCCACAGAGGACGCCAUGGAGAGACUACUUAAAGGGGAAAUCAAAAAACAAGCCAUAGACGUGGACAAGGCCAGAAAGGAGGAGGAGAGGAUCAUGCUCCAGGACGCCAUGGCGGUGCUGGCAGGAGGUGGCACCCUCACACCUCACCCAAACACCAAGGCGACCGCUCUGCACGUUGCCGCUGCCAAAGGCUACAUUGAAGUUCUGAAGGUGCUGUUACAGUGCGGGGUGGACGUGGACAGCAGGGACAUCGAUGGGUGGACACCCCUGCACGCAGGAGCUCACUGGGGGCAGGAGGAGGCCUGCUCCCUGCUGGCUGACCACAUGUGCGAUAUGGGUGCUGUCAAUAACGUGGGCCAAACACCUCUAGAUGUUGCAGAUGAGAACCUCGUGGACACUCUGGAGGAGCUGCAGAAGAAGCAGAACGCCUUACGCAGCGAGAAAGAGAAACAGACUCCUGUUAUUGAGACCAGCCCGCCAAUCUCCAUGGUACCAGUUCGCACACGCAGGACUUCUAUCUCUCGUAUGAGCAGUAAGGAGAAGAUCUGCCUCCACGAGCGGGAGAAGCACCCACCCCCUGCCCUGCAGAGCAGCCCAGCUGAGGACGAGGAGGAGGAAGGAGGCCAGACGGGACAGAACCAGCCUCAGGGCCAGGGGAAGGCCUCCAGCAGCUCCAGCUCAGAGGAGGAGAGUGAAUCGGAGAGUGACGCUGAGUCGGAGAAAGCGAAAAACCGAGAGAUCAUAAACAACUUGAACAACAAACGCAACGCCACCAGCCUGCCUCCUACCUCCAUGUCAACGAGUACUGCUGCAAGCCAAGUCAAAAAGCAGGACCCAGGCAAGCCCCCGGUCACAGAGGCCCCGGGCUCCUGGAGAACGUCUCUGAGGAAAGCGGGCAGCUCGGUGACUCUGGGCUCAGCUGGACUUUCUGACUCCACCCAGGACCCCAGCAGACCUCCAGAGACUGUCCUGGGCAUGACUCGCUCUGCCUCCAGUCCCCGCCUCAGCUCUGAAGCCGACACCAAGGAGCCGAGGCUCGCUCGGGUACCGCCCAUCCCAACACGGAGACUCUUCAGUAUUCCAGACAGCAGCCCUGACAACUCCAACAGUUGGCUAAGUCGUAGCUCCUCUUACACCCGGCGCCUUCAUAGUCAAUCAGGGAAUGAUCUCACUAGUUCCACCCCCUCUUUGCUUCACAGCUCAUCUUAUGGAAAGAGACUGGAUGACCCCACCGUGACCUCAGCUAGCACAGGAACAAGCCCCGCUCCACUCAGCCGCCUUAAUAGUGUCUUGGCUCAGAGACUGCCUCAGGAACAGACAGAAAAGAAGGAUCAGUUUGCCGUCACCACUUCCAACUCUCGGAGCACAACCACUGGCGAACAGGAGGCCAAGCAGAGGCGCAAAUCAUAUCUGACGCCAGUGCGGGAUGAGGAGGCAGAGGCACAGAGGAAGGCUCGCUCCAGACACGCGCGGCAGUCCCGCCGCUCCACUCAGGGGGUGACGCUAACAGAUCUGCAGGAGGCGGAGAAGACAAUGAAAACGGACAACAAAGGGAGAGAAAAGAAGGAGGAGGAAGAGAAGGAAAAAGAGAAGGAAAAGGAGAAAGAGAAGGAGGCAAAAGCGAAGAAGGGAGAGGAGGGGGAAGUGAGCUGGAGGUCUCGUAUUGCCAGCCUGCAGAAGUCUGACCUGCUGGGCCUCACACAGCCCGCUGGCACUCCACGCCCUCAGACAUCUGACAGGAGAGAUGUUGAGGCCAGCACGGGGGAGAGCGAGACGGAGAGAUGGGCCAGGGAGCGCAGAGAGAGGAGACAAGCUCGAGCCAAAAGGAAGGCACAGAGAACCGGGGAGAGUGAUGACAAUGAUCCCAGUGGAGAGGAAGAGUUCUCAGGCAGUGGGCUGGAUCCACAGACAAACCAAAACUUAAGUUCCAGGUCCUUUAACGACUGCACCCAGGGAGGAGACUCUGACGCCAAGGAUUUUAAGAAGUUGUUUGAGGAGGUCUCCAGAGAAAACAGUCAGCUCCAGUCUCAGCUGCAGGACACCCAGCGGAUUAUCAGUCAGACCAGGUUGGACCUGGAAAAGGCCACACAGAGACAGGAGCGCUUCAGUGACUGUUCAGCCCUGCUGGAGCUGGAGAGAAAGGACCGGAGGAUGUUGGAGCGGCGAAUGGCAGAGCUGGAGGAGGAGCUAAAGCAAUACUGAACGAUAGGUUCUGGUCGACUUGAGAACAGACAACCAGCGUCUUAAAGAUGAAAAUGGAGCACUGAUCCGUGUCAUCAGCAAACUCUCCAAAUAGACAGAGAGAGACAUGAAGAGCAGGGAACCCCCCUCCUCCUUCCAUCCAACCAUCCAUCCAUCCCUCCCUCUCUCCCUCCCUCCCUCCCUGCGUCCACACAUUCCUCCCAGUGCCAAAGAGAGCGAGAGAGAGAGGGGGAGAGAAGCAGCAGAAUGUCCUACGUACAUGAACACCACAGCUUGAGUUGGAUUGUGAUGCCUCUCCGUGAACAGCUGGAGAGGCUUUUGUGUGCCUUACUGCCCGUUUGUCACAGGAAGACCCAUGGCACGAAGGCCUGUGGCUUUGGUCAGAGGCUACCACAGUUGCAACAUGAGACUCAGCGACAGCCAGAAUGCCCACGGCUGGUGCAACACACGAAACAUCUUCUACGACUGUGCAUCAGGGGAACACUAACAUGCGCACACAUUCCUAUGCGUGCAUCACAUACUUCCUCCAUGCACAUUCCACGAGCGCACAAGGCAGCUUGGGCCUUAAAGCUCCCACUUAGUAUUUAUUAUUAUUAAUUUUUUUUUGUGGACACACUCACGUCACACAUUCACGAAUUUACCCCGCUCACAGUCAAAUCUAAUGUGUUGUCAAGAAGUGAAGGUUUUGGUGUAGUUCUUUGAAAAAUAAAAACAGCUCUGGCCCUGUCUUUACAUUCAGCACCGUCCUGACGACGGGGGGGAAGUCCACGAAGCUCUGUUGGGUUGUUUUGUUUCCACAUGCAAGUGUUUGAACCCACCUACCUCUCCACCUAUGCACUUCCCCACAUGCAUUUUUAUUUUUGUGACCACAGACACACUCCAUGCUCUUAAAAAAAAACGACCCGGUCAGUCGACCACAGCACUUUACUCUCUGCAAAGCAAUAAAAGAUGAGCGAGGCUUUGCCCGUCCUCCAGACAGACAAACUUAUUUCUGAGCAGCGCCCUCUCACUUAGUAAGUAGAGGGCGAAGUCAUAGCUGAAGGUCAAAGGUCAUUGCACAGUUAUUAAGAAAAUAAAAUUCUGUCGAAGCCUAUCAUGCUAUGGAUGGUUUAAUUAUUGCCAUCGAUAAAGAUAUUAUUUUCAUAGUUUUUCAUCAAUUCCUCUCUUACAAGGGAGCAUGGUUAUGUAUAUUAUAUGUGUAUAAAUAUUAGUCUUGAAUAAUACCCCCCUUUGAAGUAAAAUUCCAUGUAGCCUUUCUUCACACGUUGGUUUUCUAAUAUAUUGAAUGGAUGUCUGCACCCUAAUAAAAAAAAAGUGUUUGUA